CGGGUGGGUUAACAUAGCGGUACAGCCAAUCCAGCUCUUAGCUGUGUCAGCCGCAUCCUGGAUAGACUGUCCUCGGAUAAGCUCUCCCAUCUCCCCUGCUUUUGAACUGCCCCUAAGGUUCACCCCCUUUCACCUUUCUUCUCGCUUAAAUAGGCCAUCCCGAUUCCGAAUUCCAGGCACUCUUCAGACCUUCUUUCGCUUAUGCUCUCAUGAUUACCCCGCCCUCUCUCGCUUGUUCCCAAUUCCUUGGCGCUCGGAUCCCGACUCCCUUCUUCUCCCCGAUUUCCAAGCUCCGAUCGUCCCCGCGCUGCGCUGCGUUGCACGCCCCGGCGAUGGCGGCCGACACGGGGACGCUGUACGACGUGCUCGGUCUCACCGCUAGGGCCACCGGCGGGGACAUCAAGGCGGCGUACCGGCGGCUGGCGCGGGCGUGCCACCCGGACGUGGUGGGGGCCGACCGGAAGGGGGCGUCGGCCGACGAGUUCAAGCGGAUCCACGCCGCCUACGCCACCCUCUCCGAUCCGGAGAAGCGCGCCGACUACGACCGCAGGUUGGCGGCGGCGACGGCUAUCGGCCGGCAGCAGUGGUCGCCGCGCGGCCCGCGGCCGUUCUCCUCGUCCGCCUCGAGCCCAUCGGCGGCGACCUCUUUCUCCGGCUUCGCUCGCCGGACGUGGGAGACGGACCAGUGUUGGUAGAAAAAGUGCGGCGGGUCGAGGUCCGGAUCGAGUUCGGCCGGCCGGAACGGGGAGCGAAUCGGUCCGAUGGGCGGACCGGUCUUGUUUGUUUAUAUAUUAUUAAGCGGAGGUACGUGAAGGAAUAUGGGACCGCUGGAGCCGUCGGAUGAGAUCUCCAGCUUACCAUAUGUUGGUGGGAAAAGGCAACUGUAUUUUUAGUAGCCUCGGCCAUCUUUGCACAGAUUUAAUGCGACACCAUUUAGUUCUUCUCAGUUUCAUCUUACUCAGUCAUUGGGCAGCAUUACUCCUUAUUUUGUUCAUUUUUUUGGCUUUUAAUAUGUAAAUAUUCAUAUAUCAAAAAAAUGUAAAUAUGCAUAUACCAAAUAAAUGUAAAUAUUCAUGUAAUUUAUGGAAUCGUUGUUUGUGGUGUAAUUUUGAUUGGGUUGAAGAAAUGAAUGACUAUCUAAA